UGUUGUGUUUCCUCAAUGCAUCACGAUAUUCACACAUUCUAUCAGAGCUUGUAUUAUGAAAUGACAUGAGUGCAGGUUUAACAUCUCCCAUUAGGCCCGGCUUUAUUUGGCACUUCUUUCACUUAGGGUGUGUCACAAGAGUUGUGUGAGGUCAGGUCUUCCCACUAUCGCACCAUCAAACAGGUUUCACUUCACAGGGGUAAGGCUUAUGAUUAAGACAUCUUCAGUCAGACAGAGAUGAGUUCUGUGCAGGAGGUUAACCCCAUGGUGAGGGGGAUCAGAGCCCCGAAGAUCCUGCAGAGUCUAGCUGCACGCAUCACACAGGAGAUGACACAGGGAGCGAAGAAACCCUUCCAGCAGGUGAUUGAUGUCAGUUCAGGGGAUCCCCAAAGGGCAGGGAUGGCACCCAUCUCAUUUAUUCGCCAGGUCUUGGCAGUGUGUAUUUACCCUGAGCUCCUCAAAGAAAAAAACCUUCCUCUGGAUGUCAGGCAGAGGGCACAGAAGCUUCUGGGGGUCUGCAGUGGAGGGAGCGUAGGCUCAUACUCUUCUACCUCCCGUGGCAUACCAUAUGUCCACAAAAGUGUUGCAGAAUUCAUCAUGAGGCGAGAUGGUGGAGUGAGUUCACACCCAGAAGACAUAAUCAUCAGUAGUGGUUCUGAGAACCUUUUGUCGCUGUUUUUGCACCUGAUGGCCAGCGGAGAGGGGGAGACUCGGACAGGCGUGUUGACUCCGAUGCCAUGCCCACACACCCUGCCAAUGCUGCUGGAUGAGGCCGGGGUGACACCGGUGCCGUACCAGCUGAUGGAGGACCGAGGCUGGGCUGUAGACCUGGACGAGCUGCACCGAGCUUUGAAGACAGCUAAGGGACGCUGCGAGCCCAGAGCCAUUUACAUCAGCAACCCAGGAAACCCCACAGGUCAUGUGCAAGACAGGAAAUCAAUAGAAGAAGUGAUUCAUUUUGCUGCAACCGAGGGCCUCGUCCUGUUGGCUGAAGAGGUGUACCAGGACAGCGUGUAUGGACAGGAGAAAGAGUUUAUUUCCUAUAAGAGAGUGCUGUUUGAGAUGGGCAAAGAGUACUCAGAGACAGUGGAGUUGAUCUCUUUCCACUCUUUAUCCGGCGCCUGCAUGGGAGAGUGUGGUCAGAGAGGAGGAUAUAUGGAGCUAGUUAACUUGGACCCGGGAGUGGAAUAUUAUUUAAAACAUAUUCAGGACCCUUUUAGCCCUCCAGUUUUACCACAGCUCGCUCUGGAGGUCAUGGUCAACCCACCCACGCCUGGAGAUCCUUCCUAUAAAACAUACUCACAGGAGAUUCUUCACUCGCAGUCAACUCUGUCCCAGAAUGCCCAGCGUGCUUGUGAGAUCCUGAAUGAUCUACCAGGUAUCAACUGCCAACCAGGGAUGGGGGGUGUCUUUCUUUAUCCCUGUCUGCAUUUACCACCGCAGAUGAUAGAAGAGGCCAAGAUGUUAGGAGUGGAGGCCGAUGUGCUUUACUGUCAGAGGUUACUGGAGGAGGAAGGUGUGUGUUUGGGAGCCGGCUGUGAGAACGGACAAGAAGAACCAAACUACCACAUCAGGCUGUGUGUUUUGGCUCCUCCUGCCACCCUGGAGGAGAUCUUGGCACGAAUUCGCUCUUUCCACCUGCGCCUGCUGGACAGAUUUCCCUGACAGAAGUGUCAAGGACACAGACUCUGUAGAAAAUUACCAAAACAUGGUUGACGUGUUUUGUCUUGUGAAAGUUUUAAAUUGAAAUUGUCAGUAUAAUGAAUAACUUGUUUCUUGAUCCUGCAAAGACUAAAAUGUACUUUGAUACUAAGAUAAGAUAAGAUCAAAUAAGAUAUUCCUUUAUUAGUCCCGCAGGGGGAAAUUUGCAGUGUACAGCAGCAAAGGGGAUAGUGCAAAAAAACAAGA